AGAAGAAAAUAUGUACUUAGACGAUUAUUUGUCAAACUAUAUUGUUAGAAAAAAAAAUUCAUCAAAUUCAAAAAACUUAAACAAAAAAUAAAUAUAUUUUUUCAUAAACAACAUUAAAGUUAUCAUGAUUAAGUUCUUUAUUUUUUUUCCCUAAAAAUACUUAUAAAAAAAUUAUCCAAUCAUACCUUAUAUAUGUAUGUCCAACCCAGGAUCAUUCUAGAAGAAUUGGUUUAAGGUGGUAAUGGCGAAGAAAGAGAUGAAAGUUGAGAAGGGUGUGGAUUUACAAAGGUACAUGGGUCGAUGGUACGAGAUUGCUUCAUUCCCUUCGCGGUUUCAGCCAAAGAAUGGUGCGAACACGAGAGCCACAUAUACCCUUAAAGAAGAUGGAAGUGUGCAUGUGCUGAACGAGACUUUCAGUGAUGGAAAGAGAGGCUUCAUAGAGGGUACUGCUUACAAGGCUGAUCCAAAUUCUGAUGAAGCCAAGUUAAAGGUCAAAUUUUAUGUUCCACCGUUCUUGCCCAUAAUCCCUGUGGUUGGAGACUACUGGGUCCUCUUCCUCGAUCAAGAUUAUCAGUAUGCUUUGAUUGGACAACCAAGCAGAAAAUACCUUUGGAUUUUAAGCAGAAAACCUGAUUUGGAUGAAGAGAUAUACAAGGAGCUUGUUGAGAAAGCGAAAGAGGAAGGAUAUGAUGUGAGCAAACUCCAGAAGACUCCACAGAGUGAUCGUCCAGAAGAGGCAGAAGAAGGACCCCGAGACACCAAAGGCUUUUGGUGGAUCAAAUCCAUUUUAGGGAAAUAGAGUUUCAUGUUAUUGCGGUUAAAAUGUAUUUGAAUUUGAUGUAGUGUGUAUUCUGAUUAAGAAUCUUCUCAUAGAUGUUGUGUUUGUUUGCUCUAUGAUCUGUACAUAAACUUUGGCUUCUGAACAUUUUGAUAUGAUGUUAUUACAGCUAUAACGUUCAAGUUA